AUGGCACCUUUCUCCCCAAUGCAGCGCUUCCGAGCUAUGUUCGACGGGUACGGAGACUACCGCAGUUCCAGCGGCUUUAUCAACCCCGAGGUUCUGAGUGAGAAGGGACCCAAUGAGCCAGAUAUGACGGGUACGCAUCGUGAGGGCGGAGCCAACCUUCCCCCCUUGAGUGGAAGCCUGAAUACUGGACUCAGGGAACCCUCUUAUCCAAGCAUGGUCGUAAACUCGAACGCCAAGUUUGGAGAGACUGCUUUUAUGCCCUUUAUGGGAGAAUCGAACACAGAGGUUGAAGAGUCUUCUUCCCCUAGCUUUGCUGGUCAUACGAACCCCGGAUUCGGAGAACCCUCUCAGCAGCCAGCCGAUCCUCGAAACAUGCAACACAUACUCCGCGGUCCGUCCGACGAUCCAGAAGACCUUGGCGGCAACGGCCUGAUAUCUUUCAAUAAUGCUGGAAUAUCUGUGCAAGAGCAGGUUGGCGAUUCAGGUUCUGAGGUUGUUGACUCGAGUAGUUCUGAUGAUAAUAACGUCCCACUCAUGAAGCAUUUCCAUCAAGAUAACGAAGAGAUAUAUUCUCGCAAUAGCCCACCGCAAGGGAAAGGGUCAGAUGGCGCGGACUCGGCUCUUGGCCCCGGUGAUCAAUCCAAGACUAACAUCCAGGAUGAGGCUGAUUCGGAUGUUGAGCUCAUUCAUGCCAGCCCGAUGAAGUUUGAUUGGAAACUUCCUGAUUACGAAGCCCUCUACGAAGUAAAUGAGGGCGGUUACCCCAUGGCAAAAGUCUCUCUUCCUGGCAUAAUUCGCGAGCAGAUCUUCCUCUCCCCCGAAUUCGGUCUUGAAGAAUUCCGGCUCAUUCAAGAGAUCUUCCUCCCUUCUCAAAAAGCGCAACCCGACCAAGUCCCCAAGCUCGCACUCCUCAACUUCCACACCGCCGCCGUCAUCGUCCUCGAGGCUUUCGCGCUCCGGGACAGUCCCGGCGAUGUAGAUACUGAUGAGGUCUUCUUUGCUGUUUUAGACAAUUGGCGGAUUGGUAAGGAGGCUGGAAAGAAGAACUACGGAGCUAUCAGGGGUGUGCAGGAGUUUUUCGAGGUGGCACAAGAUGUUAUUUUCCACCUUAAGGAACAUGGAUUCCAAGAGAAGCAGCGGGUUAGGAGAGAAAGGUCGGAUAAGGGUGUUAAGCGAGGGCCAAGGGUAUUUCAAGUGAAGAAGAAGGAGAAGCCUAGAAAAUAUGGACCGAAUGCUGGAGCAGAAGCUAGAACGGCGGUGGUGAAAGGAAGGGUGGGGAAGCCGACGAGGUGA